AUGGACUUCGCCUCUCUUAUGUCCAAGGAGAUAUCCAAGGCCAAGCCAGACGCCUCGGAGAAGAAGUACACCAAACGGUCAGACAUCGAGGCAGCGCGUGUUGCAGCCUACAAUGCAGAGCAUGAGAAAGUACAGCGAGAACGAGAAGAGCGAGCUAAGCUGAAACGGAAACGAGACGAAGAAGAAGCAGAGCAGAACCGCCGGCGAGAGGAGAAACGAAGGCGGCUGGCCGAAGAGUCAAAGGCACGACGAGAGGCUGAGCAGGAGGAGAGAGAAAGGGAGCGCCGCAAACGCCUGGGACUGACCGAAGAACCCAGCAGCGAGAAGGACGAGACUGCUGCUGAGGCCGGUGGAGACCUGGACGACGACGAGCUGAUCGCUAAACUGCGAGGGCUGGGGGAGCCGGCGCGGGUCUUUGGAGAGAGCCACAGGGGAAGACUGAAGAGAUACAGACGUCUCGUUGAGCAAGCGUCCAACCCUCAGAAGAAGCUCACUGAUGGGCCGAUUCCCACCACCUUAGAGCUGGUGCCCGAGUCAGAGAUGAAGGUUCCAGACAAACUGCCGGCGGACGAGGAAGGGAAACGGUAUCUGUUCAGGCAGCUGGCUUCAUACUUCACCCUCGUCCUCCGGGAGUGGGAGGUUGCCCUGGCACAGCGAGACAGCGCCGUCAAGCAGACAUUCCAGGGGAAACAGGCUUACAAUGCCAUGGUGCAGUCGCGAGAGAACAUGCGUCCUCUGUUCAAGAAGUUCGAGAAUGGAGAUAUAGAGGAUGGCAUCCUUGAGCCUGUCGUCGACAUCGUGCGGAAUGCCCAAAACCGUCGAUAUGUCGAUGCCAACGACGGAUAUCUUACUUUGAGCAUCGGAAAAGCGGCCUGGCCUAUUGGCGUUACUAUGGUUGGUAUCCACGAACGAUCUGCUCGGGAGAAGCUCCAUGAAGGAGGCAAAGGGCAGGCUCAUAUCAUGAGCGAUGAGAUUACGCGCAAGUUUCUCCAGAGCAUAAAACGAUGUCUGACCUUUGCUCAGGUCCGAUGGCCGCCGGAUGACCAGCUCCAGCUCAUGGGAUGA